GUCUGUGAUUUCAUCUCAGAAGGCAGAUUUGACGUACCUUCCCGAGUAUUUAUUUGUGGUGAUGCGAAAGGCAUGUCAAAAGGAGUGUGGCAAUGUUUCCAUGACAUGAUAAAGGAAGUAAUGGGAAAGUCUGAUGCAGAAGCAAAAGCUUACAUGACGGACCUGCAUAAAGCUGAUCGCUAUGUGGAAGACGUGUGGUCGUAA